AUGCCUCACAAACACGCAAGCAAACCAACGCAAACCAAACAAAACACAAAGUACCUCAACAGCCUCCUCUGCCAGGAGCCCAACACCAUCCGGAGCCUCGCCCAGCUCCGCAGCCUCGAGAACUUCACCGAAAUCGUCAUCGAAAACCAAACCACGUUGACCAACCUGACGUUGGAGGACAUGAAGAACCCUCGAGAGCUGAAGAACCUGACCAUCUCCAAGACCCGUCUGCAGUUCAUUGCUCCGGAUGCUUUCCGAGCCAGCCCCAACCUGACUCAUGUCAACCUCGGGUACAACCGGCUGCAGUUCCUGUCCUGGAGGAUCUUCCACCACCUCCGCCUUCAAGAACUGGUCCUCACGGGGAAUCCACUCCGGUGCGCCUGUGGCCUUCGGUGGCUGCAACUGUGGCUGGUGGGCAAGCAAGCUGAAUCAAUGGGCAACCAGUCCUUGUCCUGCGAGUGGGACGAUGGGGUGGAGGUACCACUGGUUGACAUGAACAUCCAGGGCUGUGAGAUGCCCCAAGUUUGGAUCGAGUACAAUAGUGCCCCUAUGAGGGAGGGCAUGAACGCCACAUUGAGGUGCCACGUCGAAGGGCAGCCACCCCCAGAAGUCAAGUGGAGCGUGCCAGACUUUGGGGGUCCCUCCCCCCUCAUCACCCAUGAAUCAGCCUCAGAAACCACACUGCAAGUGUUCAGCGUUUCGGCGGAUUUUAAUCUCCAAAACAUCACCUGCCAAGCAGAGAACGAGGCCGGCUUGAGCGAAGGGGUCGCCCAGCUCAACGUGACAUUCCCCGCCGUGAUCCGCGACCUGGGCCAGGCCGUGGCGUUCCACAAGUGGUGCGUGCCCUUCUCGGUGGAUGGCAACCCCAGCCCUAGCAUCCGCUGGCAGUUUGGGGGCACCGACCUGGAGGAGACCACCUUCAUCCACACUUACUUCUUCCUGGAUGGGCCACGGAAUUCCACCCUCCUCCACGGCUGCCUCUACCUGGACAGGCCCACCCACCUCUCCAACGGCAACUACACUCUCUUCGUGCGCAAUCCUCUGGGCAGCGACUCCUACACCGUCUUCCAGCAAUUCAUGGACAUGCCCGACGCAAACUUCAACCUCGUGGAUCCGGUGGAGAUUCCAACGACAAGCAGCGACGACUAUAAGAACAGCACGGAACAAAACCCUGUGGAGACUCUGCAGGAACAGCCAAUCGGGAUAUCGGUGGCGGUGGUGCUGGCGGUCUGUGCCUGCCUCUUCCUCUCCAUCAUGCUCAUCAUCCUCAACAAGUGCGGACAGAGCUCCAAGUUCGGAAUCAGCCGGUCGGUGGCCUUGGCGCAAGAGGAGGAAAUGUCACUGCAGUUCAUGAACGUAGGCGGUGGAGGCAGCGGCAGCCCCCUCUCGUCCGCUGAGAGCAAGCUGGAGACGCUGAAGACCAACUUCAUUGAGAACCCUCAGUAUUUCUGCAACACGAGUGUCCAUCACAUCAAGCGCCGGGACAUCAUCCUGAAGUGGGAGCUGGGCGAGGGGGCUUUCGGCAAAGUCUUCCUGGCCGAGUGCUACAACCUCAGCCCCACCGAAGAGAAGAUGCUGGUGGCCGUCAAGACCUUGAAAGAGGCGACAGAAAGCGCCCGGUUGGACUUCCAGCGCGAGGCGGAGCUGCUGACGGUGCUGCAACACGAGCACAUUGUCCGUUUCUACGGCGUCUGCACCGACGGGGAGCCCUUGGUCAUGCUCUUCGAGUACAUGAAGCACGGAGACCUCAACCGCUUCCUCCGGUCCCAUGGCCCGGACGCAAAGAUCCUGGACAACGGGAGCAAUGGCCAGUCCUUUGGGCAGCUGACCCUCAGCCAGAUGCUGCAGAUUGCCACCCAGAUUGCCUCUGGCAUGGUCUACCUCGCCUCCCUGCAUUUCGUCCACCGGGACCUGGCCACCCGGAACUGCCUGGUGGGACACAACAUGGUGGUGAAGAUUGGAGACUUUGGCAUGUCCCGGGACAUCUACAGCACUGACUACUACCGGGUCGGAGGCCGGACCAUGCUUCCCAUCCGAUGGAUGCCGCCGGAGAGCAUCCUGUAUCGGAAGUUCACCACGGAGAGUGAUAUCUGGAGCUUCGGGGUCGUGCUUUGGGAAAUCUUCACCUAUGGGAAGCAGCCGUGGUACCAGCUCUCCAACACCGAGGCGAUCGAGUGCAUCACCCAAGGCCGGGAGCUGGAGAGACCCCGGACGUGCCCCUCGGAGGUCUACGACAUCAUGCAGAGCUGCUGGCAAAGGGAACCCCAACAACGGCAGAACAUGCGCUCCAUCCACCACCGGCUGCAGGCCCUCGCCAAGGCUCCCCCGGUCUAUUUAGCUGUCCUCAGCUAAGAUGCGAGGAGAGAGGGACUGGAGGCGGGCGCAUGAGAUGCUCCGUCCAUCCAGGACCCCCCUCCCACUACAGCUGGAAUUUCACCAAAGAUUCCCACCCCAACUCCCUGACAAAUGACAGCAAGAGAUGAUGGUCGUGAAUGGCCAUAUGACUUAUGUUCCUCUUCUAUGUAUCUGCAAAGGAACAAGCAGAAGAUGCUGAAGAGAUUGGAGAGUGACCACUGCCCUUUACUCAGCCUUUACUCAGCCAGUUGGGGGGCAGAGCUCUGGGAAGAGUGUAUGAAUGUGUGUUGCCUUGUUGUAUUGGCGGAAGGCAAAGCGGGGUGGCUGGAAAAGCAUUAUUUAUUGUGAUACGCUUUAGAUCUCUAUUAUAAUUAAUCGCUUCUGCCAGAGAGGGAGGGAGGGAGGGAGGGUGGGCUGGGACGGAAAAGCCUUCGUCAAAAUAGACGGCCUUUCACAUCGUGUGUGGAGGAUGUUUCCGGAAGAGGAGAGGCGAGGGCAAAGCUGUGACCCUAACGCAACCAAAGUCCUCCUUGUGGGUUCUCUUAAUAUUAAACUCUAAUUAAUCUGG